AUAAGACAAGCCAGCAGAGUGAAAAAAAAUAAAAUUGUCCCGCCAAAAUACUUGCCAUACAUGCCAAAAAACAUUUCCCUUAUUGUCAUUAGACAGGCCAUAAACACUUUACUCUCUUUUUGAAAUGAGGUAAAGAAUAAGACACAUAGAUACAAAACAAUACAUUUAAAAAGAAAUGGAAAGUACCAGCAAUAAACAAUAGAGGGCAGUAGAGGGUAAAAAGUUAUUACCAAUCCAGCAUACUGACAUCAACACUAGUAAACUUUUAAGUACCGCCUUGUUUUUUCCUGUGUAUUUUGUCAGCUGAAACAGAACACCUGGCAUCUAUUCACCAUGUCUUCUGCUCUGCUGCAUAUUUGGGGGAAUUCCCGAACUCAUUUAGACAAGUUGCCAUAACAUAUAUAGACAAUAAAUCUUGUUUGAACAUAGCAUUCUACUAGGCUUAGUUUUUGAGAGGACACUUCAGAGAAACAAAGUCAUAUUCAGAAAUUGACAGAGGACUUAUCACAUGCAUAUCCUGCCGUCAUACUCAUUUUUGUUUGUGCCUCCUGUCAUGUUUGGGAAUCCCUCUCUAAUAUUUCGGGCCGUAUUACCUAAAUAUGGCAUGGAACCCCUAGGCUACAGGUUGUUGUGGGCCCCCACGGGAAUGCAAAUUUCAUGACAAAAUUUACAUAGACAGUGUCAUAAUUAGGAGCUAGAGCUAGGAAUUAAGGGCACCAUGUCUACCAACUGCACUCAACAGAAAGAUGAGUUCUUCAGUAUUGAAUUUUGUCACAAUUCUGCAAUUUUUCACUUUUGUCCAAUCAGGAGGCUCCUGGCAGGUGGGGGGCCCUAGGCUGCAGCCAUAUCUAGCCUGUGAGUUAAUCCGGCCCUGCUAAUAUUGGUUUACCAUGAUCGGGACAUCAUUCUGUCAAACCAAUACAUUAUAUUAAACACCAUAUAUUAUAUUAAACAGCAUAACUGGGAAUAGUUAUCAGAAGAAAGAUAAAGUAGGCCUAGUUUAGCCUGGGAACUCCCACACUGCCUUUAGUUCAACGCAAUCGUUCCGAUCUGAAAGACGGUAUGGAAGCUUUGCUCAGAAACGGACCAGAUCAUGGUCCCUGUCUCUGUCCAAUCAGAGAGCGGGACGGGUGUGUCAUAAUGGCCAAGUAUUCUGACUUUUACAGUGUCUCUGUCCAAUCACGGAGCAGGGCAGGGUGUCGACUCAUAAUGGCCAAGUAUUCGGCCCUCUACGGAAUUUAUCUCACUUGUGAUUAGGUCGGUGACCAGGCAAGGCCUAGUUGUCAACAGCAUAUGGAUACUCCACACAGAUCAGCCCUUUUAUGACAUCACAAUCAUCUCAGUUCCUUUUGAACUCUACCAACCCAGGACUAGAGUCCUAUGUGUGUAUGUGUGUGUGUGGGUGGGUGUGAGCUGCUACUUGGGGUGGCAUGUGAGUGGCCACGUGUGUGUGUGUAUGUGUGUGUGUGUGUUUUUGCCCAGGCCUAUGUGUGUUUGUUCAACCUCGCAGUGUGAAAGUUUAUGUUGAUGCAUGUUUCACUGAACGAUGGAGAUUAUUCACACAUCACAGCCUCGCACUCACACUCUGCCUGUGUGUAUCUGGCUCAUGCUGUGCGCCUAAGGCAAGAGAUCAGUAUAUCCAUCCAGCCAUCCACCCUCCCCCACAAUCACCCCUGUCCUGACUGAGUUGGCUGAGAGUGUGUGUGGGUCUGCUGCACCAUGCUCAGAAUUAGAGAUCUCUGGACCUCCAGUGGGAGUACAGAAAGCAUGCCAGUCGACCGUGCCAGCAGCAAUGGCAGCGUGGUGCUGGACAACAGUCACAGGCAGGGAGAGCAGGAGGAGAGCAAAGGUCAUGGGAAUCACAAAGAGGACAGCCCUUUCCUCAGCAGCAGUGAAUCCGCAUCAAAGAAGAAUGACUACUACGACAAGAACCUGGCCCUGUUUGAGGAGGAGCUGGACAUCAGGCCCAAGGUGUCCACCCUGCUCGGGCGCCUGGUCAGCUACACCAACGUCAGCCAGGGGGCCAAGGAGCACGAGGAGGCAGAGGAACGGAGGAACGUCCCAAAGUCUGCGAACAUGGGCACCUUGAUGGGCGUCUACCUACCCUGUCUACAAAACAUCUUUGGCGUCAUCCUCUUUCUCCGCCUCACCUGGAUCGUGGGCAUGGCUGGAAUCGUGCAGUCCUUCCUCAUCGUGCUCAUGUGCUGUGCAUGCACAAUGCUCACUGCAAUUUCUAUGAGUGCAAUUGCUACAAAUGGAGUUGUACCAGCUGGUGGGGCGUAUUUCAUGAUUUCCCGCUCCCUGGGCCCGGAGUUCGGAGGGGCAGUGGGACUCUGCUUCUACCUGGGGACCACGUUUGCAGCAGCCAUGUACAUCUUAGGAGCAGUUGAAAUAUUCCUGAAAUAUUUAGUUCCUCAAGCUGAGAUCUUCCAGUCCACCGAUAUGCAUGGCGGAGACACGGCCAUGCUGAACAACAUGCGUGUGUACGGCAGCAUCUGCCUGAGCCUGAUGGCAGUGGUGGUGUUUGUCGGGGUGAAGUACGUCAACAAGCUGGCCUCCCUCUUCCUCAUCUGCGUCAUGAUCUCCAUCUUCUCCAUCUACGUUGGAGCUGUGAUGUCCAGCUUCCACCCACCAGACUUCCCAAUUUGUAUGCUGGGAAACCGGACGUUGGUGUGGGACCGCUUUGACACGUGUGCAAAGACUGUCCUGGAGGGCAAUGCCACGGUGCCCAGCCGACUGUGGAAGAAGUUCUGUGCCUCGGGCAAUGCCACCACGUUCCAGUGCGAUGACAGUUACUUCAAUGAGAACAACGUUACCCAAAUCCAGGGCAUUCCCGGCCUGUCCAGCGGGGUCAUUACAGACAACAUGUGGGGUAACUACCUUGGCAAGGGGCAGAUCCUGGAGAAAGCCAGCAUGGCCGCGGUGGACGCACGAGGGGCCUUAGAAAACUUUGGGCACUAUGUGUCGGCUGACAUUGCUACUUCCUUCACCCUCCUUGUGGGCAUAUUCUUCCCAUCAUCCACUGGUAUAAUGGCGGGCUCCAACAGGUCUGGAGAUCUGAAAGAUGCACAGAAGUCUAUACCAGUGGGGACCAUUCUGGCCAUCGCAACCACAUCUCUCGUCUAUAUGACCUCCGUGGUCCUGUUUGGAGGAUGCAUAGAGGGUGUGGUCCUCAGAGACAAGUUUGGGGAUGCGGUGCGCAAGAACCUGGUGGUGGGGACGUUGUCCUGGCCCUCUCCCUGGGUCAUCGUGGUGGGCUCCUUCUUCUCAACAGUGGGGGCAGGGCUGCAGUCCCUCACCGGCGCCCCGCGACUCCUCCAGGCCAUAGCCAAAGACAACAUCAUCCCUUUCCUCAGGGUGUUCGGUCACAGCAAGGCUAAUGGGGAGCCCACGUGGGCACUGCUACUGACGGGUCUCAUUGCCGAGCUGGGCAUACUCAUCGCAUCUCUGGACAUGGUGGCCCCCAUCCUGUCAAUGUUCUUCCUGAUGUGCUACCUAUUUGUGAACUUGGCUUGUGCCGUGCAAACGCUACUCCGCACGCCAAACUGGAGGCCCAGGUUCAAAUACUACCACUGGGCUCUGUCCUUCCUGGGAAUGAGCAUGUGUCUGGCUCUCAUGUUCAUCUCUUCCUGGUACUAUGCCCUUGUGGCCAUGGUGAUCGCUGGCGUGAUAUACAAGUACAUUGAGUACCAGGGAGCUGAAAAGGAGUGGGGGGAUGGGAUUCGAGGGCUGUCUCUGAGUGCGGCUCGCUAUGCCUUGCUGCGUCUAGAAGCAGGGCCCCCUCACACCAAAAACUGGAGGCCUCAGCUGUUGGUGCUAUUGAAGCUAGAUGAGGAUCUGCAUGUGAAGUACCCCAGACUGCUCACGUUCGCAUCACAGCUGAAGGCCGGAAAGGGCUUGACCAUCGUGGGCUCAGUCAUCCAGGGCAACUUCCUCGACAGCUACGGAGAAACGCAAGCAGCAGAACAGGCGAUCAAAAACAUGAUGGAGAUCGAGAGGGUGAAAGGCUUCUGUCAGGCGGUGGUGGCAGGUAAGGUACGAGAGGGCAUCACGCACCUCAUCCAGUCGUGCGGCCUGGGAGGGAUGAAGCACAACACGGUGGUGAUGGGCUGGCCAUACGGCUGGAGGCAGAGUGAAGACCCACGCGCCUGGAAGACCUUCAUCAAUACUGUCAGGUGCAUAACAGCGGCUCACCUGGCGCUGAUGGUGCCAAAGAACGUGUCAUUUUACCCCAGCAAUCACGAGCGCUUCACAGAUGGGCACAUUGAUGUCUGGUGGAUCGUCCAUGAUGGUGGGAUGCUCAUGCUUCUUCCCUUCCUCCUAAAACAGCACAAGGUUUGGCGUAAGUGUAAGAUGCGCAUCUUCACGGUGGCCCAGAUGGAUGACAACAGUAUCCAGAUGAAGAAGGACCUGGCCACCUUCCUCUACCAGCUCAGGAUAGAGGCCGAGGUGGAGGUGGUGGAGAUGCACGACAGUGACAUCUCUGCGUACACUUAUGAGCGGACCCUGAUGAUGGAGCAGAGGUCUCAGAUGUUGAGGCAGAUGAGACUAUCCAACGCAGAAAGAGAGAGAGAGUCAUGUCUGCAAAUCCGACAGGCCCAACUGGUAAAGGACCGCCACUCCAUGAUCCGCAUGGGCAGCCUGUACUCGGACGAGGAGGAGGAGUCGCUGGAGGCCGAGACGGCGUCCAAGAUCCAGAUGACCUGGACAGUGGAGAAGUGUGAGGAGGAGAAGAGGAUGAAGGCCAACGCCCCCGAGAACUUCAGAGAGCUCAUCAGCAUCAGACCGGACCAGUCGAACGUGCGACGGAUGCACACAGCUGUUAAGCUCAACGAGGUCAUCGUCAACAGAUCGCACGAUGCCAGACUAGUGUUGCUCAACAUGCCAGGUCCUCCACGCAACACAGAUGGGGAUGAAAACUACAUGGAGUUCCUGGAAGUCCUGACAGAAGGUCUGGAGAGAGUUCUACUGGUGAGAGGAGGUGGACGCGAGGUCAUCACCAUCUACUCCUGACCUGUAGGCAUCUCCUCCUGAAUGUGGAUCUCACAGUGAUUCACCAGCAGACCAUGAGAGGUCUACUCCAAGUCAGACAAAAUAACAACAAUAAUAAUAAUGUAAUAAUAAAAAAUAAUAAACAUUGUCUGGGCAUAUGGACAGAUUGGAA